AUGGGUGGCGACCUCAAUCUUAAGAAAUCAUGGCACCCUGUGCUCAUGAGCAACCAGAAGAAGGUCUGGGAAGAGGAAAAAAAGGCUCUUGAAGAGCGCAAGAAAAUCGAUCAGAUCAUGAAAGAGCGCGCCGAAGAGCGGGCGAUCCAAGAACUCGAAGAAUUGCAGGAGGCUGCUGGCGGGAAGAAGAGACAGGCGCGUGUGGACUGGAUGUACAAUGGACCUUCGAGCGGCCAGGCCGGCACGACGGAGGAGAUGGAGGGCUAUUUACUAGGUAAAAGGCGGAUAGAUGGGUUGCUCAAGGGCACAGAGAGCCAGAAACUGGAGAAGUCCGCAAAGGAGGAUUCGUUCAUUGCGCUGCAGAACGCCAACACCGCGAGAGAUACGGCGGCAAAGAUCAGAGAAGACCCCAUGCUGGCGAUCAAGAAACAGGAACAGGCCGCAUAUGAAGCGAUGAUGAAUGACCCGGUCAAGCGAAGAUUACUGCUCAAGGCGGCAGGAGAAAACAUCACCACCACCAUCAUCAUCGCCACCAUAGUCACCGCGAUGAUCGAGACAAAAAUGAGAAGUCUCGUUCACAUCGAGACGACGAUGAGGACAGGCACGGUCGAAGCAAACACCGGCGACGCAGGUCAUACACUCCUUCCGAGUCUCGAUCCCGAUCAAGAUCUCCUCCGCGGAGGCCUGCGAGGUCACGUUCUCGUUCCCCUUUUCGGAGAAGACGUUCAUAUUCGCCCGAAGAGAGACGACGACCAAGAUCUCGCUCCCGCUCAAAUUCUCCGCCUCGGAGAAAUGGGCACGGCAACGGAGUCCGGAAAAUGCAGAGCUGGCAUUCUUCGAGGCCUGAGCCUCCGAGGUAUCGAAGUCCACGUCGGGAACAGAGGAAAGACGAUACCAAUGAAGAAGACCGGGCGGCAAGAUUGGCUGCGAUGCAACACGAUGCCGCUGACCUCGAUCACCAACGAGAACAGAGACUGGCUGAAAUUGCAGAACGGGAAAGAGCGCAGCGAGAUCGAGACGACGCCGCUCGAGCAAAGACUGCGAAGCAUGGCGGUCGAGCAGACUUUGUCAGUAGCUACCAUAAACGGGCCGGGGAUAUGUCUUUAG